ACUAGUCGAGCUUAGCGCUAUAUAAUUGCUUUUUAUUUUUAUUAUUAUUAUUAUUAUUACAGUAGAUUCUACGAGGUAGUGAUCAUGCGCUCAACAGCAGCUAAGAGAGUGGUGGAUGUGCUGACACAGAUAUUCUACAGAUAUGGAUUUCCAUUUACACUCAAAUCUGACAACAGUCCUAAGUUUUGGUGUGAGGAGUUUGAGAAGUUUCUCUCUGAUCACGGAAUCAAACACUUGACAUCUCCACCAUUCUGGCCGCAGGCUAAUGGACAUGUCGAAAGACAGAAUAGAACUCUGCUUAAGUCUUUGAAAAAUGCUCACAUCGAGGGAAAGAACUGGCACGAAGAACUGCAGAAGUUUCUGUUAGCCUAUAGAACCACACCGCAAACAAGUACUGGUGUUACUCCUGCAUUCCUCAUGUUUGGUAGAGAGUUGAAAACAAAACUUCCAGAGUUAAGGUGCACUGGUAACCUGUUGGACAAGGGGCCAGAGAUCGUGAUUGGAAUCACAAGUUGGUCCACAAAGAACAUGCUGACAACAAGCGGGGUGCCGCUGAAAGCCCUGUAACACCUGGGGAUCUGGAUUUAGUGAAGAACAUGAAAACGUCUGGCAAGCUAGAAGCAAAUGUUGAGAGUGAGCCAUACACAGUGCAGACUAAAGGAGGCAGUGAGGUGACUGUUAGGUCCAAAGAGGGUGUGGAACAUAGGCGGAACAGUGCAUUGGUUAAGCGGUACAACCCACCAGGGGAAUUACCGGAAGCCACAGAGGCCAUUUCUCAAGACGCUUCCCUUCCACCAUAGGAGAAUAUAGCAACAUCAAGACCAAGGCAGACUGUCAGAAUG